CUGCUCUGUCGCCAUUGAGCAGAGCUAACAUUUCUCCCAGCAUAUGGUCUUAAACUCUUUGCUAGGACCGGGGAAAAAAACAAUCAAACAUACAAACAAAGUCCUUAGGCCUUCCUUGCCCAGGUUACCCCGGCCCCACCUCCUGCCCUCCACUUUCCACCUCCUGGCUUUCGGCAAACUUUCCGGGCUAGAAAAAGUGUUGCGCGGGCUGUGGCUGCCGGGGUGGGUGGGGGACCUGCUGCUGGGAGAUGCGGCGCCUGCCGCGCAGCUGACGGCGACGCGGGAGCUCCGGAGCGGCUCCGCCAGAUUUUUCAGGGUGCUUUCCAUUAAAUUAUCUUCAGUGACACAGUAGCCCUCUGAAGAAACAGUUGGCUUUUCGAGUGAAAAGUGGACAGAAUAUGAAUUCAGGAGCACCAGUGAAAGCAGCCAGUCUGAGAUACUGACACUAUAGAGAAAACUGACAGCUUCCUCCUUGUAUUGAUUCUGCUCUUCUCUACAAAUAUAGACUCCGUUCCCUACCACAGCCUUACAGUUCUGCCCCAGAGACAACAAGUAUGAACAGCACAGACAAUGGAGUCAACUGUUUAUGUGCUAUAUGUGGAGACAGAGCAACAGGAAAACACUACGGGGCAUCAAGCUGUGAUGGGUGCAAGGGCUUCUUCAGGCGCAGCAUACGCAAGAGUCAUGUUUAUUCCUGCAGGUUCAGUCGGCAAUGCGUUGUUGAUAAGGACAAAAGGAAUCAAUGUAGAUAUUGUCGGUUAAGAAAGUGUUUCCGAGCAGGAAUGAAAAAAGAAGCUGUACAAAAUGAACGCGACAGAAUAAGCACCAGAAGAAGUACGUUCGAUGGCAGCAACAUCCCCUCCAUUAACACCCUGGCUCAAGCUGAAGUUCGUUCUCGCCAGAUCUCAGCCUCGAGCCCUGGGGCAAGCACUGAUAUAAAUGUUAAGAAAAUUGCAAGUAUUGGUGAUGUCUGUGAGUCUAUGAAACAGCAGCUCUUAGUGUUGGUUGAGUGGGCUAAAUAUAUUCCGGCCUUCUGUGAGCUACCAUUGGAUGAUCAGGUGGCGCUGUUGAGAGCUCAUGCAGGAGAACAUUUACUGCUUGGAGCUACAAAGAGAUCCAUGAUGUAUAAGGAUAUUUUGCUUUUGGGAAACAACUAUGUAAUUCACCGCAACAGCUGUGAGGUGGAGAUCAGCCGUGUGGCCAACCGGGUUCUGGAUGAGCUAGUCCGACCAUUUCAAGAAAUCCAGAUUGAUGACAACGAGUAUGCCUGUUUGAAGGCAAUUGUGUUUUUUGACCCAGAUGCCAAAGGGCUAAGUGACCCAGUCAAAAUUAAGAAUAUGCGAUUCCAAGUGCAGAUCAGCCUGGAGGACUACAUCAAUGAUCGGCAGUACGACUCCCGGGGGAGGUUUGGAGAGCUGCUGCUACUGCUGCCCACACUGCAGAGCAUCACCUGGCAGAUGAUUGAGCAAAUACAGUUUGUGAAACUUUUUGGGAUGGUUAAAAUCGACAAUCUCCUUCAGGAAAUGUUACUGGGUGGUGCUUCCAAUGAUGGUAACCAUCUCCAUCAUCCGAUGCACCCACAUUUGUCUCAAGACCCAUUAACUGGACAAACAAUACUUUUAGGUCCCAUGUCAACCCUGGUUCACACAGACCAAAUCUCAACUCCAGAAACACCUCUCCCUUCCCCACCACAAGGUUCUGCCCAAGAACAGUACAAGCUAGCUGCAAACCAAGCAUCCGUCAUCUCGCAUCAGCCUCUGUCCAAACAAAAGCAAUUAUGAGAACAUGUUUACUUUUGAACGGCACUGCGUCAAUGUGAAAAUAUCUCAGGAUAGUACUUUUGGCAAACUCUUGCCAAAACUUUUUUAUGGUGCUGUUGUAAGAUGGUAUCCAGUUUUCUUGUGUAUAUGCUAAUUUUGUUUGUUGUGCUUACUGUGUAAAACUUCUUGUGUAACAGGUGUACAUUUGAGUUUGAAUAUGUUUAUAUAUGUGUCUUUUCCAGCUGCCUCUAACCAGUGCCUAAACCAGUUGAAUCUUAUGUACUACUGUAAUUCGUUUUCUUAAUAUUAAUUUAAAUCUGUAAAUAAUUGCUUGUUGUGAUGUGAUGCAGAACUAACUGCUUAAAAAAAAAACUGAGCAUAACAGACAUGAAAUCCCAGGUUAAUAUAAAAUGAAAUGAGGUGUUUUUUAAAAUAAAUUAUAAACUUGCAGAUUAGAAAUGUAAAGCAGUUGCUGUAGAAUAGAGUGCAUUUCUUUGAAGAAGAAUAAUUCUGUGCAUUCUGUGGCCAAGAAGCAUUUGUUUGGUUUGCUGUUAAAUGCCUUUCUCAAGGAUGACUUGGUAAUCCUUGAAAUCGGACUUCCUAAGAGGGAGCACCAUUCGUUUUAUCAGUUAGAAUGCAAGAUAUCUUGCC